AUGGCGGAAACAGAAGACCUACCCGAAGAGAUCAUACUAAACAUCUUUUCCAGACUCCCCGUCAAGUCCUUGAUCCGAUUCACCUCCGUUUCUAAACGUCUGCAUUUCAUUAUACUCUCCGAUCCCAAAUUCGCCCAAUCACAACUCAAAGCAGCUCCUCGUCUCAGCCGCAGACUCCUGGUCUCCACCGACGCCCCACAACUGGAAUCGCUACCCCUGGAUGCUGAUACGCCGUCGUUUGGAGACCCUUACUCCGUUAGAAAGCUCACUCUCCCUUUCCUGCACCAACCGGGCGGUUAUGUCCAAUUACUGGGCUCCUGCAAUGGUCUGGUAUUUCUAUCUGUUGAUAAGAAAUUCUAUUAUGUCUGGAACCCAUCACUUGGAUUCGUCAAGAAAUUACCCGAAUCAUAUGUUUCCUUAUCAAAUAGAGAGUCAGAGUCAAAUGUCUUUUAUGGUGUGGGCUAUUUAUCCGCCACCGAUGACUACACAGUGUUGGUAGCCUCCUACGACUUUACGGAGUUACAGCUAGAUAUCACUGAGGACAUGUCUAGUAUAGUCGAGAUGUUCUCAUUGAGAACUCACACUUGGGAGAGGAUCGAGUCUUCUGUUGGCUUCAAUGUUGAACCCUAUUGUCAGGGGACUCUUGUGAACGAUGCCCUUCAUUGGCUAAAUUUUUACGACGACGAGCAAGAAAUAGUUUGUUUUGACUUGGCAGCAAAGGAGUUUCGGGGAAUGUGGCUGCCCGAUUUCAACAAUGAUGGUAAGAGUAUCCGCAGUCUUGGGGUGUGUGAAGGGUGCCUGUUUGUGUCGCGUUAUGCGGAGGGUGUUUGUGACUCUGUUGAUUUGUGGGUCAUGAGGGAAUAUGGUGUGAGUGACUCGUGGACUAUGCUCUUUUGCUUAAAGGUACCUGAUCCGCCUGUGUGGCGCGCGUUUGGGAGGAAAUUAUUGGUUGUGGAAAGUAGUACAUUUGCUGUGAAUUGGAGUGUCGAGGGGUGCCAGUUGAUAAGGAUUGAUCAUAAAGAAAACCGGAAGGUUGACCAGUAUAUGCUUAAGGGGAUUUUGAUGUGUAUGGUUGAAUAUGAAGAGAGUCUACUUUGGAUCAGUUGUUAUCAUCCAGUAGAACAUACAGAGCAGGUGGCAUUCGUUAUGGUCUUUCCUUUUGAAGAUUAUUUAUCUGCUGAAUUUCGCAUUCAGGGUGGAACUGAUAUUCUGGAAGAGUUUUUGAGUUUUCACAUUUAUCUGGAAAGAAGAAAAAUAUCAUUUCUUGGGGAUACAUUUGCCUUUGUGAUGUGGCUACUUGGGGUUUCGGUGUACAAAUUUGAUGGCUUCACUAUGGAGUUGUGUAGACCUGAUGAAAAGGAUGCAUUGAUUCUGAGAUUUCUUAACAUUUCAGUUUAG